AUCCUUAUCAUUACGAACCUAGAGAGGGGGAACAACGGAGAAAACAUCGCUCAGUCGCUCGCUGCUAAGUUUUGAUCGCCGUUUUCUUCAAGAGAUAUGGAUCGUAUUAACCAUUUGAAGUUGCAAGCUUACCUUGAUUCCAUCUCAAACAAGGAAAUUCAAAAUCAGGGACCUAUCAUUGAGGAAUUGGGGAAAUCUGGAUCUCAUGAAAAUAAUGAUGCUAGUUAUCAAGGUCUUUCAGAUUAUGAUGAUAGCAACGGAUAUGAAUCGGAUGAUUGCCUCCGAGCGCUGCAAACUCAAGUAGAUAAAGUUCUGGCGACAGUUGCUUUCCCCAAUUAUACUAUUCCUAGUGGCGAAGACAUGACUGAGUUUAAACAUUAUGGGAGAUUCGAUUUUGUGGAUAGGUUUCCAAAUCACUUCUUUGAAACAUUGAAUCUGCACAAGCCUUCGUCGAUGUGGAUUAAGAGAGUCCAGGAAGAGUUGAAAUUUCUGGACAACAUGCCAGACUCCAUAAAUGUUAAAGCAUGUGAAGCAAGGAUGGAUCUUAUCCAGGCCGUCAUAGUGGGAUCAGCUGGAACCCCAUAUCACGAUGGUCUCUUUGUCUUUGAUCUCGCCUUCCCUCCUUCAUAUCCAGAUGUACUCCCGAUUGUUUACUACCAUUCGGGUGGUCUUCAAUUGAACCCAAACAUGUCCAAAGAUGGGAUAGUGCGAUUGAACACAUGGAAGCUUGAGAAAGGUGAACCGAUACCGAAAAUGUCAACCAUGGCACAAGUUUUGUGCUCCAUACAAGUUUUGAUUUUCAACUCUAAACCCUUUUUCAAUGAACCUGGAAAUUCAAAAAUUUAUGUUGGAAAAAAGGGUAAAAAGAAGUCUAAGGAUUACAAUGAAUCUGUCUUCAUCCUAUCACUAAAGACAAUGAUGAACACACUUACAAGCCCACCAAAGCAUUUUGAAGAGUUGAUUAGGUGGCACUUUCGUGUUCGUGCACAUCAUAUUUUGUCGGCUUGCAAAUCUUACAUAGACGGUACUCCAAUAGGGGCGUUUGGAGGAGGAUUUUUUGGUGACGAUGAUCAUUCUGGUCCAAGCAAUGAGUUUAAGAUUGCGUUGUGUGGAAUGAUGGAUGGUUUAGUCAACAAAUUUAUUGAUAACGGAGCAACCGACUGUGAGAAAUUUCGCUACGUAAAGUGGCAUCCAUCUAUGAAGUCUAAUAUUUAG